UGUGUCAAACUGGAGCCUUGAUCAGCGGCAAUCGUACUAGAUAAGCCGAUUCUAUCUUGGAAAUAUAGAUUAGAAGCGAAAAAGGUGGGAGCUCACGAUGCGCAAGUACGCAAAAUACUGGCGUGACUCAGCAUCCGUGAUCGUUGUGGCCCGUAACCGGAAUAAUGAGCUGGAUGAGCAUGGGUACAAUUACAAGGUACUUGUAUUCAAGCGCACAGAGAAGACGAGUUUCCUUCCGAACCACAUCGUAUUUCCUGGAGGUUCGUUCGAUGCACAGGACGAUUCUUUGGACUGGUUAAAACUGUUCGCCAAGCAAAGCAUACCACCGGAAGCGCUCGAAACAGUGAGUGCUAUCUCCGGUCCACGGCCCUACAUUUUCUGCACAACGGAAGACGAUUUGCUUGACCGUAACAUAUCCAUGCGUUUGUGUGCCUUAAGAGAGUGUUUCGAGGAGCUGGGCGUACUGCUGGUGACAAACAAGGGACCCCCAGAUGGGUACAGCGCGGCCCGGCAUGCGUUUGAUGUGCGCACUUGGCAGACGGAUGUUCACGAUGGUAGGAAACAGUUUCGCGAGCUGUACGAGCAACUGCAAGAGGCGCCAGAUCUGUGGAGUCUGUAUGAGUGGUCCACUUGGAUAACACCGACACACUUUGGACGCAAGCGUUUCGAAACGGCAUUCUUCCUGGCGGCUCUGAACGAAAUUCCACCCGUGUUUCCCGAGAAGCACGAGGUGGAUGAGUAUAUGUGGCAGUCACCGAAGCAGAUACUUGCUGCUCAUUCGGAAGGAACCCUUUGGCUGGCGCCACCACAAGCGUACGAAUUGCAUCGUUUGAGCUAUGUGCAUGAUAUUGAUGUGCUUGUACGAUUUGCAAAGGCAAGAAAUCGGUUAGGAUGUACCUCGUUCUGCCCAGUGGCGUACAAUGCUUCCGAUGGGUUUAUCGGUGUACUUCCCGGAGAUGAUCUUUAUCCAACGGGCUUCGAUUUUAUCACUGACAAUGAGGAGAUGAACAAGUACGGAGAAUUAACCAUGAAGGAGCUAGCCGACAUGGCUCGGAAUGUUCAUCGCGUAGAGCACCGUGGACUGCACAGCCAAACCUACCUGCACAACGGGCCUUCUGUAGAUCGACAUCUGCAUGUGCUGGGCAACAAUAGGGAACUUUCAAAACUGUGAUAUUUUAUAUUACUGAUGGGAAUAAACGUUAUGGGGAUGGUUAUUGGGUAUUUUUCAUCCAAA